AAAAUCCUAUCAUCUUUAUAUAUUAUUCAUCAUUUAUUUGAUCAUAAUGAUAUUAUCAUUUUGUUUAAUUUGGCUGUUAACACAACCACAAUCAUUAAUCAUAGCUAAUCAUCAUAAUCAUAAUGAUGAUGAUCAAAAUGGACAACGAUUAUCAACAAUAGUAUCAUUUAAUAAUGAUAGUUUACAAAAGAUGGUAAACAUGACAACAUCAUCAUCGAAUAUUAUCGAUACAAAUCAACAACACCAACAACAACAGUUGAUUGAACAGGAAAGAAUUUUAGCACGUGAAAGAGUUAAACAAAAUCAUUUAAAUUUUAUACGUGAACAAUUGAUGCAAAUAUUAUUGGCUGGUCGUACACCACCAACACCAAAUAAUGUUACUGUUUCAUCAUUGAAUGUUGAUGCUAAUGUUGUACAGAUUAAAAAAGUAGUGGAAAAUGGUAAUCCACCAAUACCAUCAUCAUCAUCAUCAUUAUUAACACCGAUAACAUCAAUCAAUCCAACAAAUGUUCGAUCAUCAUCAUCAUCAUUAUCGGAAAUUUAUGCACAACGUUUACAAAGUUUUUAUCCAACAUGCAAUACGAAUGCGGGAUAUUCUGUAAACAUUGAUCAUCAACAACAACAACGACAAAUGGAAAUGAAACUUUAUUUCGAUCUAAAUAUUCCGAAAUUACCGGAUAAACGAACACAUAUAACAAUAAUGUGGGCAAAAUUACGUUUAUUCAUGAUGAAAGGACCUUGUUAUCAUUUGAAUGAUAAUAAUGACGAAUCAUUAUCCAAAUGUAAUGAAGCCGAUAAUAAGAUAAUCAUUUCAUUAUAUCAAUUGAUACCGCGACCAUCAUCAUCAUUAUCAUCAUUGAAACAUAAUGAUAAUGUCCGAUUUAUUGAUCGUCAAACCAUAUCCGGUUCAUAUCGUGGUCAUAUUGAUUUUAAUGUCCAAAAUGUUAUUAAUGUUGAUUGGCAAAAUCAAUCAUCCAAUUAUGGAUUUUUGAUUCGUAUGGAAAAUGGCCUAAAUAAUCAAAUUUCACCAUUUCGUUUUAUUCAACAGAUGAAUUGUUCAGAUAAUGUAUCACCAAUACCAAAUCUAGCUGAAUUAUAUGGCAAAAAUAUAAUCAAUUUAAAUCAAACAUUCAAUAAUUCCUUACAAUUACAACAACAAGAUAAUCAUCGUUUCAAUUAUCCAACAUUAGAUCUAAUGACAAUGGAAAUGGCAAAAGAUGAACAUAAUGAUGAUAUAACACAGAUAAUGUCACCAUCUAUGAUCAAUGUGACGAAUCUUCUAAAUAAUAAUAAUCGAAUGAACGAAUAAUGGAAUUCAUUUGACUUAUUUCACAUUUUUACCCGGUUUUCUUUUUUUUUCAAUCAAUUCAUACAGAUUUUACUAUAAUUAUUAUACACACACAUAAUGGAUAAUCUUUUGCAAACAU